UGCUGUAGUUGAGCUGGAUCUUUCGAAAAUAGUCUCUCUGCCUCAUUGAGGUAGUGGUAAAGUCUGUGUACACUCUAUCAUACCCAGACCUCACUUGUGCGAUUUUACUUCUUGUGCUUCUACUCUGCUGGUGUACCUGGAUUUGCUGCACUUGAGCAGAGGAUCUUUCGGAACAACCUCUCUACCCCACCGAGGUAGUGGUAAGGUAACCGAUAAGGAUUAGAAAAACAUGAAGCACAAAGAUGGAAAACCUGCUCAAUCGGAGAAAAGUUCAUGGAAAGUUCCGAUGGCAUUAACGGUUGUGGUGUUGUGUGGGCUUUCUUUCUACCUUGGAGGUAUUUUUUGCUCUGAAAAGGAGAGAUAUGUAGUUAAGGAUGUUAACAAGGCAGUUGACACUCCCACGGGAACCGCUACUGGACCCAUCCAGAUCAAAGCCGUUUCAUUUCCGGAAUGCAGUGCUGAGUAUCGGGAUUAUACUCCAUGCACAGAUCCAAAGAGAUGGCACAAGUAUGGUCGCCAUCGUCUUGCUUUCUUGGAACGGCAUUGCCCUCCUAGUUUCGAACGGCAGGAAUGCUUGGUACCCCCACCAGACGGCUAUAAAUCUCCUAUUAGAUGGCCAAAGAGCAAAAAUGAAUGUUGGUAUAGGAAUGUUCCAUAUGAUUGGAUUAACAAGCAAAAGUCCAAUCAACAUUGGCUUAAAAAAGAAGGGGAGAAGUUUCUCUUUCCUGGUGGUGGUACAAUGUUUCCUAAUGGAGUUGGUGCCUAUGUUGAUUUGAUGCAAGAUUUGAUUCCGCAAAUGAAAGAUGGGACAAUCCGAACUGCCAUUGAUACUGGAUGUGGGGUGGCAAGCUGGGGAGGUGACUUACUAGAUCGUGGAAUUUUGACCGUCUCUCUUGCCCCAAGGGACAAUCACCAGGCUCAGGUUCAGUUUGCUCUGGAGCGUGGAAUUCCUGCAAUUCUCGGCAUCAUUGCUACACAACGUCUUCCUUUCCCUUCGAAUUCUUUUGAUAUGGCUCAUUGUUCAAGAUGCCUAAUUCCAUGGACUGAGUUCGGUGGAGUUUACCUUCUUGAGGUACAUCGCAUACUCCGUCCUGGUGGUUUUUGGGUCCUCUCUGGCCCUCCAGUGAACUAUCAACGUCGUUGGAGAGGAUGGAAUACUACCAUAGAGGAGCAAAAAUCAGACUACGAUAAGUUGCAAGAACUGCUAACUUCAAUGUGCUUCAAAUUAUUCAACAAGAAGGACGACAUAGCUGUGUGGCAGAAGUUGUCCGACAAUAGCUGCUAUAAGAAGCUCGAUAAUCCCGACAGCUAUCCUUCAAAAUGUGAUGACGGUACUGAACCUGAUUCAGCGUGGUACACCCCUCUUCGGCCUUGUGUGGUUGUGCCAAAUCCAGCUGCNAAGAAACUUAAGUUGGAUGCCCUCCCAAAGUGGCCAGAAAGAUUGCACGUUGCUCCGGAACGCAUUUCUGAUCUUCGCGGAGGUAGUGCUGGUGCCUUCAAGCAUGACGACGGUAAAUGGAAGGCCCGGAUGAAGCACUACAAGAAGUUGCUCCCUGCAAUUGGUACUGACAAGAUCAGAAAUGUAAUGGAUAUGAACACCUUGUAUGGCGGUUUUGCUGCUGCUGUGAUUGAUGAUCCGUUAUGGGUUAUGAAUGUGGUUUCAUCUUACGCUCCAAAUACACUUCCCGUGGUCUUAUCGGAACACUUCAUGACUGGUAAUUACGAUUUAUAUGCAAAAAAAAACUCACGCCUCAACUACUGUCAUCACUCUUUUUGGUUGUGCUCGGUGAUGUCUUCGCUUAAUUGUUAA